AAACAUUAGAGCAGAGGACAGAAGUAGAAUCACAUUCCGGUACGUGACCUGGUGCGUCCUCCAACUGCAAAUUCUUCAGAUUUGACAGCGGGUCACACUAGGACACGAUUAUCAGGAUCAUGGUUUUCGAGGAGAAAAUGAUCUUAAACGGGGAACCCGAUGAGGAGGAAGAGGAGGAGGAAGAAGAGGACGAAGAGGACAUGGUGGAUCCACUUGAAACUGUAAGGCAGAAGUGUGAACAGUCGGAGCACUGCGUCCACAAUCGAGAGAGACUGGAAGCAUGUGAGAAUAGGGUUGGCUCAAGGUCUGAGACCGAUGAGGACUGCACUGAGGAGCUCUUUGACUUCCUUCAUGCCCGCGACCACUGUGUGGCACACAAAGUUUUCCAUUCUGUGAAGUGAUGUCCUUCAGGUCCCAUCUGUUGGAGGAUCCCCUUCAGAUGUAUAGUUAUAUUACUUCUGUGUCAAGAACAUGGUUUUAACAGGUCCUUGUAUGGAUCUGUGCUGUAUCUUAAGUACACUGUAUCUGUUUAUGUGAAUAAAUUGUACAUUCAAUGUCAA